AUGGAGAAGUCCCGGCCGCUGUGGGACAAUCCCCUGCAGUUCGUCUUCGCCUGCAUUUCCUACGCUGUGGGCCUGGGCAAUGUGUGGAGGUUCCCAUACCUGUGUCAGAUGUAUGGAGGAGGUGGCUUUUUGAUCCCAUACCUGAUCAUGCUGAUCGCCGAGGGGAUGCCACUGCUCUACCUGGAGCUGGCCGUGGGGCAGCGCAUGCGGCAGGGCAGCAUCGGCGCCUGGAAGAUCAUAAGCCCCUACCUCUGUGGAGUUGGUGUUGCCAGUGUUGUCGUCUCCUUCUUCCUCUCCAUGUACUACAACGUGAUAAAUGCCUGGGCAUUCUGGUACCUCUUCCACUCCUUCCAGGACCCCCUGCCAUGGGCUACCUGUCCCCUGAACAGCAACCGCACAGGCUACGAGGAGGAAUGUGAGAAGACCUCCUCCACACAGUACUUCUGGUACCGCCAGACCCUAAACAUCUCCCCAGCGCUGGAGGCCAGCGGCAGUGUGCAGUGGGAGCAGGCACUCUGCCUGACCUUGGCCUGGCUUGUGGUCUACCUCUGCAUCCUCCGUGGCACCGAGUCCACUGGCAAGGUUGUCUACGUCACAGCCUCUUUGCCUUACUGCGUUCUCAUCAUUUACCUCAUCAGGGGGCUGACGCUUCACGGAGCUGUGAACGGCCUCAUCUACAUGUUCACCCCAAAGCUGUACAGUGGCACUUUGCCUGUCUGGCAGCUGGAGCAGCUCUCAAACCCCAAGGCAUGGAUCAGCGCCGCCACACAGAUCUUCUUCUCGCUGGGGCUGGGCUUCGGCAGCCUGAUUGCCUUUGCCAGCUACAACGAGUCCAGCACCAACUGCGAGCGGCACGCAGUCAUCGUCUCGCUCAUCAACAGCACCACCUCCAUCUUCGCCAGCAUCGUCACCUUCUCCAUCUACGGCUUCAAGGCUACCUUCAACUAUGAGACCUGCCUCAGCAAGGUGAUCCUGCUGCUGAUGGAUGCCUUUGACCUGGAAGAAGGCUCUGUAACAGCAGACAACCUCAGCCAGAUGAAGGCCUUCCUUAUGGCCACCCACCCACAGCAGUAUGCCCAGCUGGCACCACAGCUCAAAAACUGCAGCCUGGAAGCUGAGCUGGAUACUGCUGUGCAGGGCACGGGCCUGGCCUUCAUAGUCUAUUCUGAAGCCAUCAAAAACAUGGAGGUCCCCCAGCUCUACUCUGUGCUCUACUUCUUCAUGCUGCUGAUGCUGGGCAUUGGCAGCAUGCUGGGGAAUACUGCAGCCAUCCUGACACCACUGACAGACAGCAAGUUCAUCACCAGCCGCUUCCCCAAGGAGGUCAUCUCAGGGGCUGUGUGUCUCAUUAACUGUGUGAUUGGCCUCAUCUUCACCAUGGAGGCUGGGAAUUACUGGUUUGAUAUCUUCAACGACUACGCAGCCACCCUCUCACUCCUGCUCAUUGUGCUGGUAGAAACCAUCGCUGUGUGCUACAUCUAUGGGAUAAGAAGGUUUGAGAAAGAUCUUCACACCAUGAUUGGACGCAAGCCAAACUGGUACUGGAAAAUCAUGUGGGCCUUUGCUAGCCCCCUGCUGAUCAUCAGCCUCUUCAUCUUCUACCUCACUGACUACAUCCUCACUGGAACACUGCAGUACCAAGCAUGGGAUGCCACACAGGGGCAGCUGGUGACCAAGGAUUACCCUGGUUAUGCCCUGGCAGUGAUUGGGCUGCUGGUGGCAGCAUCUACCAUGUGCAUACCCCUGGGGGCACUAGUAACUUUUAUCAGGAAGAGACUGAAGAGGGAAAGAGUUUCUACUGUUGCUUGAAUGCCAAAAGCUGGAUUUGGGAAGAC